UCUGUGCCUUUCCUAUUUUUCUAUCUCCAGAGGAAAGUGAAGAACAAGAGAGAGAUGAUUGCAGGUGAAUUUAACAAACUGCACACACUGCUGAGAGAGGAGGAGCAGCUGCUCCUGCAGAGCCUGGAGGAGGAAGAGAGGGAGACUCUGCAGAGACUACAGGAAAAUGUAACCAAACUCUCCCAGCAAAGCUCCUCUCUGCAGCAGCUGAUCACAGAGAUCGAGGAGAAGUGUCAGCAACCAGUUGUCGAGUUGCUAAAGGAUGUGAAAAGCACAUUGAGCAGGAGUGAGAAUGUGAAACUCCAGGAACCAGAAGCUGUUUCUACUGACCUGAAGAACGUGUAUAAAAUUUCCCUUGACAUGAGGGAAGCGCUGAAGAGAUUGGAAGUGGACGUGACUCUGGAUCCAGACACGGCUCAUCCAACCUCGUCCUGUCUGAGGAUCGGAAACAGGCCGCCUCGAUGGCAGUGGGCCCCACUACCGUUGCCAAUGCCUGCAAGCAGGUCUCCACUUGGGGCGAGGUGGGCACCAGGAGGCAAUGGACGCCGUGCUCACUGGUCAAGUGACGUGAAGUUAAAGAACAUGGAGAAGAAGAAAACCUCUACUCGGGUUGUUACUGGAGCUGAAGCAGAGAGGCCAGAUAAACACGGCUAGGGCCCAGGACUGACUAUCAGCAGAUCUGCCAUUUUCUAUUUCUGGCUUUUUGACCGUGAGUGAAUCUCUUUGCUUCUGUGUGUGUCAGUUUCCACAACUAUAACAUAAAGCUAAUCAAGGUUCUGUUUAUUCUCUCUCCUAUUUUGCAAGGCGGGAAACUUAGAUACAUUUGGGGCCUGUCUACAUUACCAGUCUAGAGUGUCUUUGUAAG